UUCCAAAGAGGUUUGUGCGCUCGUGCCGGAGUUCUCCCAAACUGUCCUGGGACCACGAGCAGAGAAGAGAACAGUCUAUCCAACUUCCCUCUCGACUCUUUGGACUUUGUUUCUCAGGGAUGGCUGCAUCUAUCCUGGAGGAGGAAGCUCGUUAUGGCUCCAGUUCUUUUGCUAUGCUAACCGCCACCUGCAACAAGUUUGGAAGCCCUGUGAGGGACUCAGCCACACCUGGAAAGACCGGCACCGACAGCACCGUUCCAGGCAAGAAGCAGUAUAGCAUGACCGUAGACCUCCAGAAGAACGGCAGGGGAGGGGAGAGCAUUGAGAACUCCUAUACUGGGUUGUUCAGCUCCGGAGGGAGGCUACUCGCACCCACCGCGAGUCCACCACCGUCUUCUGGGGGGUACACGUCUGAGUACAACCCAUUCUCCCACUCCUUCCAGACCUCUAUGUCCCAGGAGCAGUCCUUGCUGGUGUCCAAGGCCCACGGCACAGCCGACUGUCUGACCAGCGUCUACACCUCCCUGGACAUGACCCACCCUUACGGCUCCUGGUACAAGGCUGGCAUCCACCCCGGCAUCACCGCUGCCCCCUCCAAUGCCACAUCCUCCUGGUGGGAAGUCCACCCCAACACCAACUGGUUAAGUGCUGCCCAGCCCCAGACGGACAGCCUCCAGGGCUCCCUCCAGCCCAUCCCUCCCCAAGCUUCCCUCAGCCCCCAGCUGCCCAGCUAUGCCUCUGACUUCACCUCCAUCAAUGCAGCUCAGUACCCCUCAGUGAGCCUGGGCUCCUCAUCACACCUCCUCCAGUCCUCCCAGCACAUGCUGCCUCAGGACAUGUACAAGCCCAAGCAGGUGUCCGGCGGGGGGCUGAUGGAGAAUCAGAUGGGCCUGAAGCCUGCAGCUGGAUCACGAGGGUAUGGAGGAACCACCACUGGCAGGUCCACCUGUGACUGUCCCAACUGCCAGGAGUUGGAGCGUCUGGGGGCCUCAGCUGCAUCCCUGAGGAAGAAGCCUGUCCAUAGCUGCCACAUCCCAGGGUGUGGGAAAGUCUAUGGGAAGGCCUCGCAUCUCAAGGCCCACCUCCGCUGGCACACUGGAGAGAGACCCUUCGUCUGCAACUGGCUGUUCUGUGGGAAGCGAUUCACACGCUCCGACGAACUGGAGAGGCAUGUCCGCACGCACACGCGGGAGAAGAAGUUCACCUGCCUGCUGUGUAACAAGAGAUUCACCCGCAGUGACCACCUCAGCAAGCACCAGAAGACGCACGCAGAGUCUGCCCUGCAGCAGGGAAAGACCGGGGAGGGAGAGACCCAGGACACCAGGAAUGAGGAGAUGGCAGACCCCAAUAAACCCAACACGGCCAUGCAGAAUAAUGGAGGAGUCCCUGGUGACCCUACUAACAAAGGAGAGAAAACUGGUUCAGGCAAUGGGGUGGAAAUGAGCAGUGGACUGCUGGAGAUCUAACUUCAUUCUAUAUGUUGUCUUGUAGGGUUAGUUGUUGCACCAUUGUUGUGCUGCAAAGUUAACUAUGUAGCUAAAAACAAACAUCAUUCUUUUGUAUUAGUACAUGCUUCCCACACUCUGACAUUGUUUGUCAAAGGAUGCAUUUGACAUUGAUCAAGAUAACCGGACAGGCAGGUUGAAAAUACACAUUCUGUGGACCACACACACACAUGUACACACAGCCACCACACACAACAUUUCUUCAUUUUCUGCAAGAGCAGAGGUAAAAUUACUAGGAAGCCAAAGAAGAAAAUAAGUGUAGAUAGCAUGAGGGAGUUUAUGGGGUAUUGCUUACUCCAUAAAGUUUCAUUUUGUACUUUAUUACUUCAGUAAGAAACAGACAAGUAGUGGUUUAAUCUGAUACUGCAUACAUUUUGUUUUUGGGUUUGCAAAUGUGUGUAUGUAUGCUUCCUCUGAUGUAUUAUUUAAUUUUCUAUUUACACAAAUAAUCUAAUUUAUGUCUUAUAUUAUAAGACUUAAAGAUGAUCUUGCAUUGUGCAGACUGCGUAUUAUUGCCUAAUAAAUGGCAAGUUAAAGCUGGCCAUUGAUGAUAAUUUAGUAAUUAAGAUUUUUGUUGUUUCUUUUAUUUAUUGAUUAUAACUAAGAUGCUGUUGUUGGUGCUGUAGUGUUUGAAGGCUUAGUUGUUUCUGAAAACUACUAUUUCUACAUAACCUUUCUAUUGUGAAGUCUGCACACCUGCCACGUUGAUAGUUGAUGAAAGCCUUUAGUGGCUUGGCUGAUUCUAGAGCAGUGUUAUUUUUCUGCCCUUCUCUGUAUUGUUGAUUAACCUCUUUACAACUAACUGUAAUGAAAAUGACACUUGCAACAACAAUAUUAAAACACUUAAGUUAGA